UUGUUUUAGCAUGGAGCCCGUUUGUUUUCUUUUAGAGAGCCAGUAUGUUUGUCCAUUUGAGUAAUUUUGGGGAGAUCAAUGCAUAUCUUGAGCCGCAAAUGCCAUGAUGAUUGUGCAACGAAGCAGGUUGUUGUUGUUUAGAGUAUUACGUCACUUUGUGCCCCGGUCUACCCUCUCCUCUUCUUCCAAGAUGGCGAACGAAGCCGAACAAAAGAAUCUCAAACCUUUUCCGCAUUUCGGAACUUUGGCGAUCCAUGCUGGCCAAGAACCCGAACAGUGGAAUUCUAGGGCAGUUGUGCCGCCGAUUUCUAUGGCUACAACAUUUAAACAGGAUGACCCAGGAGUUCAUCGUGGAUUCGAAUACUCGCGAUCGGGGAACCCUACCAGGAACUGCUUUGAGGCUUGCGUGGCGGCUUUGGAGGGUGCCAAGCAUGGCUUGGCUACCUCUUCUGGUCUGUCAGCCACUAUGUUAUUGACUCACUUACUUAAGAGUGGGGAACACAUUGUUUGCGUGGAUGAUGUAUAUGGAGGUACCAAUAGGUACUUCUCAAAAGUGGCUGCUGCAAAUAUGGGAAUAGAAAUAUCAAUGGUGGAUGCAAGUGAUUUGAGUAAACUGAAAGCUGCCAUUAAACCUAAAACAAAGAUGGUAUGGAUUGAGACUCCAACCAACCCUCUGCUGAAACUUGUGGACAUCCAAGGUGCUGCGGAGGUUGUUCAUCAACAUGAGGGAGUUAUUUUAGUGGUGGAUAAUACUUUCAUGUCAUCAUAUUUUCAGCGCCCAUUGUCUCUUGGGGCUGAUGUUGUCAUGCACUCAGUGACAAAGUACAUGAAUGGUCAUUCUGACACAGUGAUGGGAGUUAUGUGCACAAAUAAUGAUGAAAUCUGCAACAGGCUGAGGUUCCUUCAAAAUGCUAUUGGUCCAGUGCCAAGUCCUUUUGACUGUUACCUUGCCAAUCGUGGUCUUAAAACUCUUCACUUGAGAAUGCGUCAACAUGAAAUUAAUGCUACAGCUGUUGCAAAAUUUCUGGAAGGAAACCCCAGGGUAGAGAAAGUUAUGUAUCCAGGUCUGGAAUCAUACCCACAGCAUGAACUUGCUAAAAAACAGAUGACAGGCUUUGGUGGUAUGGUGACUUUUUUCAUUAAAGGGAAUUUGGAGAAUUCCAGAAAGUUUUUCAAAUCAUCUAAGUUAUUUACACUUGCCGAGAGUCUUGGUGGUUUUGAAAGCCUGACAGAACUACCGGCAAUAAUGACCCAUGCAUCAGUUCCUGCAGAUCAAAGGGAAGUAUUAGGAAUAUCAGAUACACUGAUUCGUUUAUCAGUGGGACUUGAAGAUACUCAAGAUUUGAUUGAUGACUUGGACCAGGCCCUCAAACAAGCGGUGCCAGAUUCUCUUUUGUAGGGAAACAAAAUACAACCCAUGAUGAAAUUUGAAAACAGCAAAGGGUUUUAAAGCCACUUGGGAAUUUGGAAUCUGAUAUUUAAACCAAAUAAAAUAUUGUACCAACACUAAAUCUUCAUUCAUGUCUGUUUUACUUUAUACCUAUGAUUCAUUUUCUCCUUAUUUCAUGAUUCAACUGUUGGAUAUAUUUUCAGUGGUUCAGAAAUGACAAGUGUUAAUUACUGAGGUCCCAUGUAAGAUACUGAAUGAAUAAACAUAUCAA